GGCAAUAAAGAUAGAGUUCUCUCAGACUGACCAGUAUUGUUUCCCUUGAAAAUAGAGGGCAUAAAAAUACUCUCUCUGUUCACUUCGUCAAUACACAUGAUAGAUAAACUGUAAAGUUAACAUGGAUUCAGGAACAAAGAAAUCUCAUUAUUAUGGAUGGAGUGUCUUAAAUCUGAAAAAAGAACUUACAAAAAGAGGUGCUGUUAUUCAUGGUAGAAAGGAGGAUCUAAUAGAAAGACUAGAGGCAUAUGAUAGAAAUCAAGAUUUUCGAGGAGAAGUAGUGAUUUUACCAGAACCUCUAGAUCCAGACUGGCCGGGUGAUGGAUUUCACCAAUUACAACUUGAACAUCAAAUCCAUCUGCCUAAACUAACAAAAGAGCAAAUAGAUGGAUACUUUAAGUACAGGAUGGCAGAUGACAACGAACAGAUCUCAGAUCUUAAAGCUCUACAAAAAGGUAAAAAAAUGUAUGAGAGUCAAAAGAUAUAUGCCUGCAGUAUUAAUGUAAAAGCACCAUCCAUAUUUUUCACUGGAUUUGUUGGAGCUGCUAUGCGUAAAAAACUAACGUACAACUACAAAAUUAGGAUAGACAAAGAUAAUGGUGAAGUACUAAACAGUCACUGUGAAUGUCCAUCUGGCAAGGGUCCGCAUGGCACGUGCAAGCACAUAGCAGCUGUGCUUUAUAUGUUGCAUGAUUUUGUACAAAGCGGAUCUGACCCAAAAGUUCAACAGUCCUGCACAGAAAUGUUACAAACUUUCCAUAAGCCCAAGAAACAAUAUGCUGGAACACCUGUAAAAGCAAAAGACAUCCCAAACACCUCAAGAAAAUGUAAGCUGACGGACCCAAGGCCACCGGAAUAUCGAAAUAUUGAAGGCUAUGAAGAUCAUGUAAGGAGUACAGUUUUGAAUUACUGUGCAAACACAUCAAAGGACAUUACAAUGAAGUAUAUGUGGGAAAGGGCUGAUUUGCAAGCAGCUGCAAAUGAUCAUAAUUACUUGGAUCUACCUGUCACAGAACACUGGGUUGACAAUUCCUAUGUAUGCUCAGAUAGCACCAUUAAAGAGUUGGAAAAGAAAACGCGAAAACAAGCAGACUGUAAGAGAUGGAAGGAAGAAAGAUUGUGGAGGAUAACAGCUUCUCGUUUUGGUGAGGUAUGUAAGCUUACAGCACGAAGGAACAUGAAUAAACUAUGUAACUCUUUCAUGAAGACAUCAAGACUUUGCAAUAAAGCAAUAAUUCAUGGAAAACAGUAUGAAUCAAAGGGAUUAAAAGUGUUCCAAUCAAAAUCAGGAUUGAACGUUCAGAAGUGUGGUCUAUUUAUUUUCAAUGAAAGACCAUAUAUAGCAGCAUCGCCUGAUGGUCUCAUAGGUAGUGAUGCCUUAGUUGAGAUAAAAUGUCCAUACACCGGAAGAGAUAAUAUGAUAGCACCAGGAAAAUUAUUCCCAUAUUUAGAGUAUCGAGAUGGGGAGAUAGAAUUAAAGCAAACAAGCAAUUACUAUUAUCAAGUUCAAGGACAACUGUAUAUAUGCAAAAGACAAUGGUGUUAUUUCAUUGUUUACACAUUCAAAGACAUUCUCAUCAGAAAGAUAAUGAUUGACAAAGAAUACUGUGAGCAUAGUCUGUUACCAAAACUUGAAGUCUUCUAUGAAAAGUAUCUUCGUAAAUAUAUAGCUGCUCAACUAUAA